AUGGAUCAUUUGAAGAAACAUAGGGAGUCGCACACCGUUGAACAACCAUAUUCGUGUAGUCAUUGCAGCUCUUGUUUCAAGUCCUUUGCAGAGGCUGUGCUUCAUUGGAAAGAGCAUCCGAGAAUAUUCAAAGUAUUGGUAGCGUUUCUCUGUGAAAUAUGUGAUAGAGACGUUAAAGAAUUGUCCCUUCUAUACAAGCAUAAACAAAAGAGACAUCAACCGAUGCCUAGAAAAUCAGAGAAAGGUGAAAAAAAAUUUGCUUGUGAACUUUGCGGAAAUAUUUUUGUAACUAUCGAAGAAUUUAAAGAACAUGGAAAAUAUAGAUGCUCCAAGUUCCCGUGCGAUAUUUGUGGUAGUCUUCUACCAACUGCAAAUUCUUUAAACGCGCAUAAAAGAAGACAUAGCGGAUUGAGACCGUACGUUUGUAAUAUCUGUGGUAAGAGUUAUACUCAAUCUAGUCAUAUGUGGACACACAAAAGAUUCCAUAUGGGAGUAAAACCAUAUGCUUGCGAGUAUUGCGAUCAAAGAUUCACGAUAAAGCCAGAUUUGGCAGAUCACACCAGGAAGAAACAUACUAGGGAACGACCAUUUAAAUGCGAUGUUUGUAACAAAGCUUUUCUAACUGGUUCUGUCUUUUAUCAACAUCGACUUAUCCACAGAGGAGAUCGCAGAUACAAGUGCCAUUAUUGCGAAAAAGCAUUUACGAGAACCGAAGCUUUAAAUAAUCAUAUAAAAAUUCAUACUGGAGAAAAACCGCAUUCCUGUGAUGUUUGUGGAAGAUGCUUCAGACAAAAAGGGGACAUGAGAAAACACAGGCGUACACAGCAUACUGCUAAAGAAGAUACAAAGUAA